GCCGAUGUUUGUUAGAAAAAGGCUCCAGCAGCCCAAAAGUAAUUUGCUCAAGGGACCAUUCUUCAUGCCCAAGAGACAGCGCGUGACAGCAACCUGUUUGACUGCGACAGACAUUGCAACUCGAUAAUGCAUUUCAAAGGGACAUUUUUUGAGAUUAUGAAACCAUGAAAUCCACUGCUAUUAUAAUCAGAGUAGAAGGUAACAGCCACAACUCCUCAAAGAAUCUAUUGCCAUGGCCAACAUGUAAUUGCCAUUAACUUUAUCUUCUCAGACAGUAAAGGAGGAUAACUUUUAUUUUGCCAAUGGUUCCAGUAUAAUCAUGGUUUAUACCGCCCUUUUGACUGAUACGCAUGCAGGGACCUCCAAUGGCACAUUUGUUCACUCCGAACAUGCCUAUUUCAACUCUACAGCGCACCCAGUAGUUUGGAAUGGGAUGGAGCUAUCUGUGGCUGAAGGAUCUGUCACAUACAAGACAACAGAAAGAAAUUCCAUUGGAAACAGCACAGCAGUUCCUUCUCAGUCAGACUUUGGCGAAAUAGGCCUGCCUCUGCAGGUUAUCCUUUCUGCAUCAAUGGUAGUAAUAGCUUUAAUUUCUUUCCUAGGAAAUCUUAUUGUCUGCCUCAUGGUCUAUCAGAAGGCAGCUAUGCGAUCAGCAAUUAACAUCCUCCUGGCAAGUUUAGCAUUUGCUGACAUGAUGCUUUCAGUAUUGAAUAUGCCUUUUGCCCUAGUAACUGUCAAUACUACCCGCUGGAUCUUUGGAGAUGUCUUUUGCAGGGUGUCUGCCAUGUUCUUCUGGCUUUUUCUGAUGGAAGGGGUAGUUAUUUUACUUAUUAUUAGCGUUGAUCGUUUUCUCAUUAUAGUUCAAAGACAGGACAAACUGAACCCUCACCGCGCUAAGUUGUUUAUUGCCAUCUCUUGGGGUGUGUCAUUUUGCAUGGCCUUUCCACUUGCAGCUGGUAGCCCAGAUCUGCAGGUGCCACCUCAUGCUCCACAGUGUGUAUUUGGCUACUCCACAAACCCUGGCUAUCGGGCUUAUGUUCUAUUGAUAAUGGUUGUCUUCUUCUUCAUCCCAUUCAUGCUCAUGCUGUACUCUUUCAUGGGAAUCCUCAACACUGUCCGCCACAAUGCAAUUCGUAUCCAUAGCAGCUCAGAUAGUAUAUGUUUGGGCCAAGCAAGUAAACUUGGUCUCAUGAGCCUACAGAGACCGUACCAGCUAAGCAUAGAUCUGAGCUUCAAAACUCGUGCCUUCACCACCAUCCUGAUACUGUUUGUUGUCUUCACCUGCUGCACAGCACCAUUCACCACAUACAGUCUUGUUUCUACAUUCAACCGACGUUUUUACCAUAAACCCAAUUUCUUUGAGAUAAGCACAUGGCUCCUUUGGUUAAGCUACCUCAAAUCUGCACUUAACCCAUUAAUUUACUAUUGGAGGAUUAAAAAAUUCCGGGAUGCUUGCUUAGAACUGUUGCCAAAAACUUUUAAGUUCUUGCCUCAACUGCCUGGACGUACAAGGAGGCGAAUUCGGCCAAGUGCCAUUUACGUUUGCGGAGAACAUCGGUCUGUUGUGUAAGACUGGAGCUGUUAAGUUUUUAAAAAUGUGUACAUUUUAUUAUUUUC